UGAAUAGGACCUUCCGGGGGUUUCAGAACUUUCCCUUUACAUCACACCAGAAACCACCAAAGGUUCCGUCUUUCACAAGAACAAAUACUUGAUUUAUAAUGGCUCCUCCCGCGUACGCCGCUAUCGACAAGCUCUGCAGCGAUUUGUUGCAACGUGACUUUCCUAUUGGAGCUACUCUCUUGAACGUUCGUACUACCGCUCCUAACGGUGUUGUCUUCAACGUCUCCGGUAACCAAGAUGCCAAGGGCAUCAUCGCAGGCAAGUUGGAAACCAACUUCGCUGACAAGGCUAAUGGCUUGACCAUGUCUCAAGGUUGGACUACUGCCAACGUUUUAGAAUCCAAGAUUGGCCUUACCAACCAAUUUGCUCAAGGUCUUCAUGUCAAUGUCAACACUACCUUCAGCCCUGCUACUGCCGACAAGACUGCUAUUCUCAAUUUGGAACACGAACACCCUUUGAUCCGCAGUCAUGCUGUCGUCAAUGCUUUGGAACGCAAGUUCGUUGGUGAUUUCACCGUUGGCCAUGAAGGUUUCCUUGCUGGUGCUGAAUUUGGUUAUGAUGUUCAAAAGGGAAGCGUUUCCAAGUAUGCUGCUACUAUUGGAUACCAAGCUUCUCCUUUCUUGUUAGCUUUGAAGGCUUCCAACAACCUUAGCGCUUUCCGUGCUAGCUACUACCACCGUGUUAGUUCUCAAGCUGAAGCUGGUGGUAACGUCACUUGGGAUGCCUCUUCUACUGCCAAUGCCGUCACUUUAGAACUUGCCUCUAAGUACCAAUUGGACAAGGAUACUUUCGUCAAGAGCAAAAUUAACAACGCCGGUAUUGCUACUAUGUCUUACUUCCAAAACAUUCGCCAGGGUGUUACCGUUGGUCUUGGUCUUCAACUUGAUACCCAACGCUUGGGUCAACCCGCUCACAAGGCUGGUCUUUCUCUUGCUUUCAAUGCUUAAUCCUAGUACUCAUUACCAAUCCAGUCUCCUACGAUCUUUAUGUGAAAUACUUAACAUUCCUUUUCAGAUUAAAAACUGUUUGUUUUCAAUGUAACUUGAAGAAUGUUUUCACGAGAUGGUCGUAUUUUCAUUUUCUAUUUGAAUUUCUUUCUUUACUCCCUUCUCUUAUAAAAUAGUAGGAUAAUUUGUAUAAAUUUCCCAAUUUUUUCCAGUCUA